AACCUAACUUGAAUGUGGACAUUUGUAAACAAGAGAAAAGAUUUACACCGGUCUACUAAAAUCGAGAAAAAUAUCAAGCGUUAAGUCGUGGUGGUGCGGAGAGGUUAGGAGGAGCCGCCGCUGUUUCUCGUAAACAAUAAACAAUGGCAUCGCCGACGUCAACGACAACGACAACGUCGCCGACGACGAGCGUCCAACCGCCGUGGGAGCCGCACCGGAUCACGUACCUCAAGCCGUCCUUCGACAGCCACGAGAAGGCGCUCGCGAGUCGCGAUGACCUCUGGCACAAGUUCAUCAUCUUCGACGGCGCCCGGUACAGGCGCGCCGACGUCCUGCGCGCCGUCGUGACCACCUGCCAGCCGGCGCUCCUGGUGCCGAUCAUGUACACCGUCGAGGACAAGGGCAAGACCGCGUUCCUCGCCAAGUGCGCCAGCAACGCCGUGGAGACCCUCGUGAGUCUGGAUAUGUCCGUGACGCUGCCCGGCGGCCAGGAGCUGCGCAUCGACAUCGUGCUGGGUUACCUCGGCGCGCAGGAGCUGCGGGUGAACACGAGCAAGAUCAUAGCGGAGGCCCUGUACGCCCGGUACGAGCCGGUGAAGAAGACGUUCAAUCUGGACGACUUCGAGAACGAGCGGGCGCUGGGCUCGAUAUUCUGUCCCAUCUCGAUACCGCAUAUCUUCGAUCUGGUGCUGCGCUGCAGCAGGACGGGCAUCAUGGGCGGGAGCCGCGAGGCCAACUCGCGGCUGCCGGUGCGCGAGCUGAGCCUGCGGUACAACCGGCUCACGGCCAUCAUCCUCUACGACAAGUUCUUCAAUUAUCACCUGACCAAGCUGGACCUGCGGCACAAUCAGAUCCUGGACGUGGAAUACCUGCGCUACUUCUGCGAGUACAAGAUAAGCGAGCUCUGGCUGGACGGGAAUCCGCUGUGCGCCAGGUACGCCAAUUCCCAGGACUACAUACAGGCGGUGAAGAACUUCUUCCCGCAUCUGCAGACGUUGGACGGGGUCGUUAUAGGGAUGGAGCAGAAAUUCGUGCCGUGUAUACAGAGCAACUAUCUCGGCAACGGCACGAGGAUCCCCCUGAUCCGGCAGUUCGUCAAGCACUUCUUCACGCUGUACGACCAGGAGGAUAGAAUCGUCAUGAACGGCCUGUACGACAAGAACGCGUUCUACUCCAUGACGUUGGGCGGCAUAACGAAUCACGCGCACAAGGAGAUCGUCAAGACGUUCUCCACGAACAGAAAUCUGUUGAAGUUCGUCGAUUACGCCAAGUGUCAGGAGUCCCUGUUCUGGGGACCCGAGAAGAUCAUCACCGCCCUGCGGCGGCAGCCGCCGACGGCGCACAACUUCAAGACGUUUCACGUCGACCUGUUGAGCGAGGAGGACAAUUACGUGGUCAUUUCCGUGCAGGGUCUGUUCUCGUAUCGGCUGCCGGCCUCCUGUCCGCCCAUGCUGUUCAACCGAACCUUCAUCAUCAUACGAAAGGAAGACAAUGAAUAUUGCAUCGUUAACGAUCAGUAUUACAUCGACGGUACACCCGCCGUUGCGGCUAGCGAAGUGAAAAUCGACCCAAGACCCGUGCCCAAGUUUACGGUACUCAGCGUGACGGAGAAGGAACAGCUGCUUAGAUUUUUACGCGAGCUCACCACGAUGAACAUUCGGUAUUGCUACAAGUAUCUUCAGGACGCGGACUGGAAUAUAAGAAACGCGAUUACAACUUUUGUGAAGAAUUACUCGGUCAAUGACGUUUGUCCAGAGGCUUUCCAGUAAACGUACGUUGCAUUAGACGUCGAUACUUAAGAGAAUAGUUAUUAUUUUGUACAAAUAACUAUGUAACUGCUUAGAUUUUUACGCGAGUUCGCCACGAUGAACAUUCAGUAUUGCUACAAGUAUCUUCAGGACGCGGACUGGAAUAUAAGAAACGCGAUUACCACUUUUAUGAAGAAUUACUCGGUCAAUGACGUUUGUCCAGAGGCUUUCCAGUAAACGUACGUUGCAUUAGACGUCGAUGCUUAAGAGAA